UUCAAACUGCUUUUAAAACUUGGAAGAAGGCACUUGAGAAAUGCAAAGAACAUCAGCAGAAGGAUUAUCACCGCAGAGCAGUGGAAGACGCAGCCAAUUUCAAGCUGAUUUUUGAAAAUAAAAGAAACAAUAUAUUAACAGAAAUUGAUCAUGGCCGCAAAAAGCAACAGCUUGAAAAUCGAGCAAAAUUACAUCCUAUAAUCCGUGUUUUGCUUGUCUGCGGGAGGCAAGGGCUUGCGUUAAGAGGCCAUCGUGACGAAGGAAAUCUUUCUUUAGAAAUGCCUGCUGAAAACGACGGGAACUUCAGGGCUCUUUUGCGUUUAGCAAUAGAUAGUGGCGACGAAAAUUUAAAAAAACAUGUUGGAACUGCAGCGGGUAAUGCUAAUUAUUUCAGUUGGCGCAUCCAAAAUGAAAUUAUUGAAAUAGCAGGACAAAUAAUACAAAAAAAAUUAUUAACCGUAUUAAUAAAUGUCAAUGUUUUGCAAUAAUUGCUGAUGAAACCACGGAUGUUAGUGGCAUUGAGCAAUUUUCAAUUUGUAUACGGUAUGUUGAUCGUUUUGAGAAUGAGGAAAAACUGAGAGAGGACUUUUUAUGUUUUGUUCCUGUUGAGAAUACAACUGGAAGUGGUCUUGCGAAUGUGCUAAUUGAUAAAUUAAAAGAACUUAAACUUAGUUUUGCACACAUAAGGGGUCAAGGUGAGUUUUCAACUCUUCUGUUUUUGGGACAAUUAAAUUAUACUUUUUUUUCUUUCUAAAGGUUAUGACGGAGCGCGGUCGAUGAGUGGACAUGUCAAGGGUUGUGCUAGUGUCAUCCAAAAUUUAUAUCCAGCGGCUCUUUAUGUGCAUUGUACUAAUCACAGCUUAAAUUUAGCCAUCGCAACGACUUGCAAAAUACCUGCUAUAAGAAAUUGUAUUGGUUCCAUGAAAGAGACCGUAAAUCUUUUUCGGAUGUCAACUAAAGCAGACACACUGCUCAAAAAUCUUAUUCUUGAAUCCUUUCCAAACUCAAAGCAAGUGAGGUUACUUAAAUUCUGCGAAACACGUUGGGUGGAGCAUUUAGAAUCUCUUUCUUUAUUUAACGAUUUAUUCCCAUUGAUCUGUACAGCGUUGGAAGAGCUUGAUACUGAAAAUUUAAGAAGUGAUUUAUCAAAGCCACAUGCUUUGUUGACUGCAAUCCAAUCACCUCAAUUUGUGAUUGCUAUGGCGAUACUAAAGCCAAUUUUUGCAUUAUCAAAACACAUAAGCCUAUGUUUGCAGCAAAUAGACUGUGAUUUGAGCAGCUGCGUUGCUUAUGCAAAUAAUUUGUAUGCUGAAAUUAGUGAAAUGCGUAAGGAUUCUGAACAAUCGUUUAAACUAAUUUUUGAAUCAGUUAAAACAAUAGCCGCAGAAUUAGAUUUAGAAAUCAAAAUUCCGCGUUUGGCGAAACGGCAAACUAAUCGCGACAAUUAUGAAGGCGAACCGGAAGAAUAUUACCGCAGAUCAAUUUAUAUACCGUUUUUAGAUCAUUUUUUGGACCAAAUCAAUGAACGAUUUUUAAAACAUCGAGAGCUGCUUUCCAAAAUUGAAAACAUUUUGCCAAAUAAAUGCAUAAAUCUUGACGUUAUUGAGAUGCAGGAGACUGUUCGUGUUUUAGAAAAGCAAUGGUCCGCUGAUGUAGAAGAUCCCGAUGAUUUCGUUUCUGAAUUUAGAAUGUGGAAAAGGAACUGGUUAAAUCAAACAAAGAGAUCCAAAACUUUUUUAGACGCGUUGAAUUGUUGCGAUGCAUAAAUUUUCAAAACAGUGCAUCGUUUUUUAAAGAUUGGAGCAACAAUCCCUAUAUCUGUCACUUCAAGUGAACGCUGGUUUUCCUCACUUCGCAGGCUUAAAACAUAUUUAAGAAAUAAAACUGGAGAAACACGCCUGAACGGAAUGGCUCUCUUGAAUAUCCAUAGAGAUAUAGACGAGACGGAGGAAGAGAUUUUAAAUGUUAUGGCCCAAAAUAAAAGAAGAUUAGACUUCAAUUUGUGAAUAAAAUAAUGAAACAUUGUCUUUUUACCUAAAUCUGUCGCUUCAAGUGAACGCUCGUUUUCCUCACUUCGCAGGCUUAAAACAUAUUUAAGAAAUAAAACUGGAGAAACACGCCUGAACGGAAUGGCUCUCUUGAAUAUCCAUAGAGAUAUAGACGAGACGGAGGAAGAGAUUUUAAAUGUUAUGGCCCAAAAUAAAAGAAGAUUAGACUUCAAUUUGUGAAUAAAAUAAUGAAACAUUGUCUUUUUACCUAAAUCUGUCGCUUCAAGUGAACGCUCGUUUUCCUCACUUCGCAGGCUUAAAACAUAUUUAAGAAAUAAAACUGGAGAAGCACGCCUGAACGGAAUGGCUCUCUUGAAUAUCCAUAGAGAUAUAGACGAGACGGAGGAAGAGAUUUUAAAUGUUAUGGCCCAAAAUAAAAGAAGAUUAGACUUCAAUUUAUGAAUAAAAUAAUGAAACAUUGUCUUUUUACCUAAAACCCCCCCACAACCGCGCACCAGUCGUUUCUUCUUUUCGCUACGUGGCGCCAAUUGGAUAUUCCAAGCGAAGCCAGGUCCUGCUCCACUUGGUCCUUCCAACGGAGUAGAGGUCUUCCUCUUCCUCUGCUUCCCGCGGCGGGUACUGCGUCGAAUACUUUCAGAGCUGGAGUGUUUUCGUCCAUCCGGACAACAUGACCUAGCCAGCGUAGCCGCUGUCUUUUAAUUCGCUGAACUAUGUCAAUGUCGUCGUAUAUCACCUACAGCUCAUCGUUCCAUCGAAUGCGACAUUCGCCGUGGCCAACGCGCAAAGGACCAUAAAUCCUUCGCAGAAUUUUUCUCUCGAAAACUCGCAACGUCGACUCAUCCGUUGUUGACAUAGUCCAAGCCUCUGCACCAUAUAGCAGGACGGGAAUUAUGAGUGACUUAUAGAGUUUUUGUUCGUCGAGAGAGGACUUUACUUCUCAAUUGCCUAUUCAGUCCGAAGUAGCACCUGUUGGCAAGAGUUAUCCUGCGUUGGAUUUCUAGGCUGACAUCGUUGGUGGUGUUUACACUGGUUUCAAGAUAGACGAAAUUAUCUACAACUUCAAAGUUAUGACUGUCAGUGACAGUGAGUGCCAAGUCGCGAGUGCGACGACUGUUUGUUUGAUGACAGGAGAUAUUUCGUCUUGCCCUCGUUCACUGCCAGACCCAUUUCUUUUGCUUCCUUGUCCAGUCUGGAGAAAGCAGAACUAACGGCGCGGGUGUUGAGACCGAUGAUAUCAAUAUCUAUUUCGAUUAGUUUUAGGUAAUACAUACAACAGUUAGGGGAACAAAACUAUUAUAGUCUGUUGCAACAUGUUGGAAAAGUAUAAAAAGAUCACUAAAUUUCUUAGGAAGACUAACAUAAAUCGAUUAAUUUGGAUUUAAAAAGUUUUGACACGCGUAAAAUAACUUAACAGCCUUUUCUGAAAACCAGUUGUGAGGUAUGCUGUGAGGUUGUUCCUGCUCAAACCUCACAAGAAAAAAGCACAAAACACUCACCACAUGAGGUGAAAAGCAUUUUGCUGUGAACCAGUUAUUUUACAAAAACAAACAAGACGAAAUAAGAAAUGGACAACCAAGAAAAGUGAAUAAUUCUGUAAAUCUAUUAAAUUUGGUGCAUAUAUAAUAAUUUCAUUUCUUUUCAGGAUUUCAAAAUGUGAAAGAACAACUCAGGAGCAGCUGCAGCAUUACAGAGUAUUACUUCAACAUAAAUAUCUUUUUAUCCACACAUAUGUAUAUUAAAUACAUAGGUAUAUACAAAUAAAAUUUUGUCUGAAUUAUUUAAACAUACAUUUAAUACAUUCCAAUAAAAUCUUCGUACAGCACCUAAU